CAACGACCCAUGCUACUUACUACUCGUACUUAUUACAAAGGCUAUAAAUAUGUGUUGAUCUGAAACGAGCUUCUCAUCCUCAACUCCAAAUAUUUGUUUUUCCCAUUCAAGUGGUGUCUCUUGUAAAGAUUUCUCUCUUCAAUUUUUUUCACUAAAGUCUUUCGAAGCUAGCUAUAUAGACAUACAUAAGAUCUGUAUAGACUUGAAGAUCCAAUUAAGAUUUCCAGGCAUAACUAUAACCAGAAAUAAGAUCAUGAGUCCCACUAUGAUGAUGACCAGCAAGAAACCUCAGCAGAAAUUGCUGUCUAAGAUUGCAACUGGUAAUGGGCAUGGUGAAGAGUCUCCAUAUUUUGAUGGUUGGAAGGCUUAUGAUAGUGAUCCUUUUCACUCCACCAACAAUCCUGAUGGAGUUAUUCAGAUGGGUUUGGCUGAAAAUCAGCUAUCUUUUGAUGUGAUAGAGAAUUGGAUUAAGAAUAACCAAAGCGCUUCGAUCUGUACGGCUGAAGGAGUUGAAGAAUUCAAAGACACAGCAAUUUUCCAAGAUUACCAUGGUCUACCAGAGUUCAGAAACGCUGUGGCAAAAUUCAUGGAAAAAGUAAGAGGAAACAAAGCCAGUUUCGACCCAAACCGCAUUGUGAUGAGUGGAGGAGCAACCGGGGCUCAUGAGACCGUUGCCUUUUGUUUGGCUGAUCCUGGUGAAGCUUUUUUGGUUCCUAUUCCUUAUUAUCCAGGUUUCGAUCGAGACUUGAGGUGGAGAACAGGAGUACAACUUCUUCCAGUACACUGCGAAAGCUCAAACGGUUUCAAAGUGACAAGAGAAGCCAUGGAAGCAGCCUAUGAAAAAGCUCAAGAAGAGAACAUCACAGUAAAGGGAUUGCUGAUCACCAAUCCAUCAAACCCCUUAGGCACCAUUCUCGACAGAGACACACUGAGAACCAUAGUGAGCUUCAUCAAUGAGAAGAACAUCCACCUAAUUGCAGACGAAAUCUAUGCUGCAACAGUCUUCAGCAAGCCGAGUUUUAUAAGCAUCUCAGAGAUCAUAGAAGAAGAAAACAUUGAGUGCAACAAAGAUCUCAUCCACAUCAUCUACAGUCUCUCAAAAGACAUGGGAUUCCCUGGAUUCAGAGUGGGAAUUAUCUACUCUUACAACGACGAAGUAGUCAGCUGCGCGCGAAAGAUGUCGAGUUUUGGCUUGGUUUCAACACAGACACAACAUCUCAUAGCAGCAAUGCUGUCGGAUGAGGUGUUUGUGAAUAGCUUUUUGACUGAGAGUGCAAGGAGAUUGGCCAUAAGGCACAAGGUCUUUACCAGUGGACUUAGUCAAGUGGGCAUUGAGUGCUUGCAAAGCAAUGCAGGGUUGUUUUUGUGGAUGGAUUUGCAUAAGCUUUUGAGGAAACAAACACCUGAGGCAGAGAUGGAGCUGUGGAGAGUCAUCAUCCAUGAAGUUAAGCUCAAUGUGUCGCCUGGUGCUUCGUUUCAUUGCCCCGAACCAGGCUGGUUCAGAGUUUGCAUUGCUAACAUGGAUGAUCACACCAUGAAAGUUGCUCUGACAAGGAUUCGUAGCUUUGUGAUGAAGAACAAGGAGCCAGUUGUGGUGCCAAACAAGAAGAAGUGCUGGCAUUCAGAUUUGAAGCUCAGGCUCAGCAUGAAUCGUAGUAGAUUUGAUGAUUUCAUGAUGUCACCUCACUCUCCUAUGGCACAUUCUCCUUUGGUUCAAGCAAGGAAUUAAUUAGGCAUCAUGAUCUUCUGGCUAGUUUUUGUAAAUCACUCUAUUAAUCCCAACUACAACUACUUAAUGAAUCACUUGAUUAAUCCCAACAACUUAAUGACCCAGGAUUCUCUGUCCAAUUUCGGUGUCUCAUUAUUGUCCAACCAAUAAAAUCGAGACACCGAAAUUGGACCGAUGAGCUGGUUUCAUCAAGUAAGAGUUGGGAUUAAUCAAGUUAUUAAUUAUAUAGAUUCAUUAAGUACUAGGGAUUAAUCAAGUGAUUCAUUAUAUGGUUUCAUCAAGUAGUUGGGAUUAAUUAAGUGAGUAAUUAUAUAGAUUUGUUUGUUUAAUUUUUCUAGGUACUGUUAAGUACAUAGUGUCAACAAAUUGUACAACUACCAAUGUUUUUUUUCAUAUUAUUUUUCCUUUUCACAUCAACCAAAUGUGAGUGAAAAAGGUGUGUAACGAUGUAAUAUGAGCAAGUGUUUAUUAUGGCAAAUAAUAAUUUGUUUGAUUGUCAUAUUUUUCAAA